AUGUCGAAAAACGCAUAUGCUCGUCGCGAAGUAUGCAAUCGGCGUAUGCAAGAAAUACACGACCUCUCCCUACAAGCCGCGACCGACGCGGCAAUCCGAGCGACCUUCCUCGCUCGCUACUCGAGCGUAGCGAAGAUCGCGGACGAUUUUGAAGCCACCCACCUGAAGGUCAUACAAGAAGCGGCGGAUUUCGAGGUCGAGGACGGAAUCCGAGCCAGUUUCGAUAAAAUGCAUUACGCCGUAAAGAGUCGAUAUCACCGCGAAACGGGCGCGCCAUUCGGAGGCGCGCCGGCACAGCCCUCGGGUCAGGCCUCGGUGGUCAAGUUGUCUAAGAUCCCGCUACCGCAGUUUUCCGGCGACCUUACGUUGUGGCCUUCCUUCAUCGCGUUGUUCAACGCGUCGAUACACAACCAGCAGAUUUCCGCGAUAGAGAAAUACCAGUAUCUGCUGGCUUCACUCAAAGGGGAACCACUCAACGUGGUGAAAGACCUGCCGUUUUCCGAUGAGUACUAUCUGAUCGCUUACGACUCGCUGGUCGAUCGAUACCGGAAUAAGAGAAGGUUAGCGGACCAUCACUUGAAUUCGAUAAUCGAGGCAAAGCCAUUGAAGGCGGAGACGGCCGAGACUCUUCACCACUUAUUAGAUACGUUUACCGAGAACACGCGCGCGCUCGCGUUGAUGAAGUUCCCUACCGAUUCAUGGGACUUUAUCCUACUGAAGUUUUUGUUAGACAAGCUUCCUUGUUCCCUUCGGGAAAAAUUCGAGUCCGUUCAUCGGGCUGAGGAAAUACCGCGAUGUACUCAACUCUCGAAAUUUCUAGCAGAACAUUGUCAGGUUCUCGAGGCCGUCGCGGGCCCGUCCUCCGAAACGCCGGUCUCUUCGGUCGUGACUAGCACGGCCGAUUGCCCCGUUUGUAAAGAGCCUCACUACGUGUCGAAGUGCAACCAGUUUUUGAAACUCUCGCCGAGAGAGAGGCAGGCUAAGGCCCGCGACUUAAAAUUGUGCUUCAACUGCCUGCGCUCAGGGCACGGAUCGAAAGAUUGUCCCUCCGCGUGGACAUGCCGAUCGUGCGGUAUGCAACACCAUACGCUGCUGCAUUUCGAGCAGGCCAGCGUCCCGUUCCCCGCGAACGCUCCGGCGGUCACUCCGGUCGACGACCCCGCGGCGUCGGGGGAUACAGACGGAAACUAG